AUGAAUUCCCUCUCGGAGAGCAGUGACACUGGAAUUCUUUAUCUGAACCCUCAAACACCAAAGUGGUCCUUGGUGGAGAAGUUUGCAGAGCUUUCAAAGGGAGAUGAAUCAUUUAAAGAUGCUCCAGACCACCAAACUCGAGGAUUGUUACAACGCACUAAACAAAUUGAGAAAAAUGUGAUUUAUGGAUCUAAUGAAACGCUCCUGGAUCCUGUCCAAAAGAAGGAAAGCUCUAAAUACCUCAGGAGCCAUAGGAUAAGUAGUGCUGCAGAGGAACAAAAGACAUCUAAACUCAAAGAGCUAAAUGUUGUUGGAAAUGAGAUUAACAAGAAGAAUGUAAAUAAGAAAUUACUCAAAAAGUGUGACGGAGACAAGAUCCCUCGACUUUUGGUGGCGAUGAAGAAACGCGGUGAGGUUGACAAAGAGCACCGUCCCUUCAAGUGCCCACACUGUGACUGGGCUUUUAAAAAGCUCUGCAACCUACAAAGUCACCUGCAAACUCACAGUGGCCUCAAGCCACACGUGUGCGAUAUAUGUGGCAAGGCUUACUCCCACCAGGGCACUCUGCAGCAGCACAAGCGUCUGCACACGGGGGAAAGACCAUACCACUGCCCCUUCUGUGUCAAGACCUACAUCUGGUCCUCAGAUUACCGCAAGCAUAUCCGCACACACACAGGUGAAAAGCCCUACGUCUGUGACACUUGUGGGAAGGAUUUCAUUCGAUCCUCUGACCUGAGAAAGCAUGAGCGGAACAUGCAUACCAAUGACAAGCCUUUCCCCUGCACGCACUGUGGCAAGACCUUCAAUAAACCCCUCUCCCUGAAGCGCCAUGAGCGCAAGCACCUGGGAGAAAGGCCCUUCUCCUGCCCCGACUGUGGGAAGGCCUUCGCUCUGGCCAGCCGUAUGGCAGAGCACCAGAAGAUCCACGCGGGCAUUCGUCCUUACAUCUGCUCCGUGUGCUCCAAGUGCUUCACCAAGUCUUCCAACCUGAGCGAGCACGAGGCCAUUCACAGCGGAGCGCGGCCCCACAAGUGCCCAGAGUGCGGCGUGGCGUUUGCCAUGGCUUCUCGCCUCGUCCGUCACCAGUACGUCCACAGCAAAGAGGAAUCCCACAACUGCACAGGCUGUAGCAAGAACUUUAGCCACCUAGCCUCACUGAAGCUUCACCAGGAGCAAACCUGUGCCGGCAGGAUCUUUGUCUGUGUGGAGUGCGACAAGUCUUUCCAGUGUGCAGCAAAGCUCUCACAGCAUAUGCUGCACCACAGGGAGCAGAAUGUCUGA